AUGGUUACCAACCGCCAGUCGGCAUCGGUCAUUGCCGGAUUCAAUAGUCAUUUCGGGCUCUUAUUUUUUUGGGAUCCUACGCCGUUGCGCAGUUUGCGCCGGCUCAACCACGCCCCUGUUGGUGACUUUGGAUUAGCUCGGUUAAUGGACCAUGAGCUAGGCCCUUUGACAACAGGAUUGGCAGGAACAUUAGGUUACAUGGCCCCAGACUUUGGGAUAGUUGCCUUGGAGAUUGCUACAGGUGUGGAAGAAAAUUUCCAUCUAGGAUUGGUGAAGUGGGUUUGGCAUCUUUAUGGAACUCAGAACCUUUCUGCAGGUGUUGAUGAAAGGUUGGUUGCAGGGUUCGAUGAACAACCGAUAGAGUGUCUCAUGAUUGUUGGACUGUGGUGUGCUCACCCUGAUAGCAGUCUAAGACCCUCAAUCAGGCAAGCAAUUCAGGUUCUUGAUUCUGAUGUGGCACUGCCAAUUCUCCCAUAA